AUGGCUGCCCCCACCUCAGCCAAGUCAAUGAUGGUCACUGGCUCUGAGUGGACGAUCCAGAAUAUGCAGCGAGUCUGUAGUACCGAUGACACUUUGUGCACCUGGAACUUCGCUAUCUUCAAUGGAGAAAACGAUACAACUGUCUGCACAUUUAACGUGAGCGCCACCACCGACGCCGAUGUGACCGGUGAUGCCUCUGUAACGACAGGUGGCCCUGCUGAAUGCGGCGUUUAUACCAUUACAACGGGCUGGAGCGGACAGUUUGGCGAGGGUAACGGGUUUACCACCUUGGCUGUCGUCAAUAAUAACGCUGAUCUUAUUAUCUAUCCUGCCUAUACUGAUAAACAGCUUCAGGCUGGAAUAAUUGUCAGUCCAGAUCAGAGCUACGCUCCGGAGGAUCUUCCUUAA